UGGGACGCCAACACUUGCCAUGCUCCCCCUCCGCAAGAUCACGUUGCUGGUCAUGUCGAGCUUCGUCCUGGCAGGCGAUGGCAUUCCCCGCUUCGACAGCGUCAAGCGAGCAAUACCUGGCCAUGGCUUGAUCUUGGACUCCCACACGGUCAAGCCUCCACCCGAUCGGCAUGUCGACGUCGAGUUAAUCCAAGAAAGCGACCAUGAACCCACGUUCCGCCUGCUUCACGAUGAUGUCGUGCACUCACCUCACUCCCACAAAGUUGAAUUGUCCGGCAUCACCCCCGGUCGAGGUGCUCGAUAUGUGGCUGCAUUUGCCAUUGCUUCUGGCGAAGAAAUUCUGAGCAUCCCUAUGGAGGACGUUAUGUCCGUUCACACGGCAAAGCAUGGCCGUAUCCAUCGCCUUGUGGAUGCGAACCCGCACCUUCCACCCGCGGUCGUCCUGGCAUUGCACCUGCUCGAAGAACGGUCCUUGGGACCCGCGUCCAAGUGGCACGACUUCAUCCAGACCCUUCCCACGACCUUUCACAGCGCCAUUUACUUGACUGAUGAUGAAUGGGAUAUCAUUCAAGGCUCGCACGUGGCGCGACUCAUCGAGAUCCGUCGCAAAGCGAUCGCCGACUUCUUCGACGCGUUAGAGUCGCCGCUCACGUCCAAUGCGGUGGACCCUCCCUUCUUCACGCCAGCACAGUUCACGCUCAAAACGUUCCAAUGGGCCAUGGCUGCCGUGUGGGCGCACACGAUUCUCGUCCCGAAAUUAGCCGUCGAUGCAUCGGCACGUCUCGCAGACGACAGCGAUCUCUUUGACGCGGUGCUCGUCCCGAUUGUCAGCACCCUGACUCCAUGCGACGACUGUGACAACGUUGUUCACGUCCAAGACGGCUACGUCACGCUUGUGGCAUCGCAGCCUCUCGCAGCAGGCGACGAGGUGCAGUUCCACUUGGGCGCCAACUCGCUCGCCGUUUACAUGCUCAACCACGGGUUUGCUCCGUCCAAGCCAUCGCCGCUCGACGUGGUGGCCAUCGGCCUGCAAGUCGAGGCUUCGGACCCGCUCCUUGUGUUCAAAAACCAGAUCCUCGCCAUGAUGAACACGACGAUGGACGAGUCGUACACGCCGGCGUACGGCACCGCACGCGACACCAUCCUGUCGUCCAUGCUCCCGUCCAUGCGCGCCAAGGUUCUCGCCGCCAACGAAAUGGACCGAGUGCAGCGAGUGCUCGACGGUGACAUCGUGUCGCUGCGCAACGAGCACGCCGUGUGCCGCGCGCUGUAUCAAACUGUCCAGACGAUGCUCCGCCAAUUCGCGACACCGCCGGACCAAGUGGACCAAGCCGUUCGCCGCAACGACCUGCCUCCACGAACAAAGGACUUGCUUCGGACCGUGCAAGUGGAGCAGCACGUGCUCCUGGCGACGCAGGACGCCAUUCGAGUCCACUGGGACCAACUUCUCGUGGACGACUCGAUCCUAGCGCACGUGUCCAAGCAUCAAACUCCAUGAAGGCCGAAUCCACCCCCGUCAACUUUCGUAGGUCGCCACGGCCAUCGUCGCGUUUUGGAGCGCAUCUGCCUUUGAAUGGACAGCACA